AUGGCCCUAGUCCGGUCAAGUUCCGUGGCCAUCGUGCCCAGUUCGGUACCAUCCCCUGGACCAGUAAGUACCACCUUCAAAAGAUAAUAGUAAUUUUUAAGGUGUUAGAACUAGAGUCUUACUGUAAAAUUUAGUUGACAAGAACAUACUCUGUGCCAAGUUUGUCGACGUACAAACCUUUCUGGCCCAACUAUUACUCGUACUGGAACACGUACUAUUCCUACGGUCUCUACAGUACCUACAACCCGUACAGAUACUACUACAGCCCGUACUACAGCAGCUACUACCCCAAGCGAUACUACUACAGUGAUUACACCCCAUGGUCAACCUACAGUAGACCAUCGUACAGAAGCUACUUGUACGUAACUUGACAUUGUGUGAUUGCUGUAUAUGUUAUUACAAAAACUACUGUAUAAAACACAAGUACUAUACUGUUACUUUCAGAUACGACUACGGCUACUACGACUACCCAUAUUAUCGCAACCGCUACUCGUACCCGUACUACUACGACUCGUACUACCGUACCAACUAUAUUUCGCCAUACCGCAGCUACUACUACGACUGUAAGAGCUUACUGUAAUGUAUUCGAGUCUUACUGUAAUACAUUGUUUUCAGAUCUCUACUACUGA